AUGGCUGCAAUGCCGAUUUUUGAUGGAGUGAACGACGCAGUCGAGUACAUAUACAACUACGUCAUGCUUUCCUCAGUCGAGGAGCAGUUAGAGUUUGUUCUGGCAGCCCUAAACUCUAUCUAUAAUUUAUUUGCAAUUGUUAGCUGCAGAUCAGGUGACCGAUACUACCUGCGUGUGUUGCUAAACCAUGUUACGGGCAAAACAUCCUUCGACGACUUGCUCACCGUGGACGGCGUUCUAUGUGGGAGCUUUACAGAAGCUGCUGAAAGGUUGGGACUCAUCGAGGCAGACAACAUGCUCGACAACUGUCUUACUGAGGCUGAGCAGUGGGCGAUGCCAUGUUCUCUUAGGAGGCUCUUCGCAACCAUCUUGGUGCACUGCGAGCCAGGCGACGUGCGUGGUUUAUGGGAUAGGCACCUCGAUCCUAUGUCAGAUGACUAUCGUCGAUCACGCACGUCCCCUAUCGAGGUCGAGCAGAUGGUGUUGCUUGACAUUAGGGGUAUGUUGCAGUCCAUGGGUAAAGACAUUGUUGAUUUCGCUCUUCCAAGCAUAGAUGAUGCGUUUGACCCAACCGAGGGUGAGGCAAGAGAGGUCAUCGUGGAAUCAACUGUUGAGUUUGACGUGGAUGAUACUAAAUUGGCAUCUUCCCUGAACUUCGAGCAGAGGGCCGCAUACGACGAGAUACUAGCAGCUGUUGAACGCGGUGAUGGGGGUGUAUUCUUUGUUGAUGGCCCUGGAGGUACAGGGAAGACCUUUCUAUACAGGGCGAUGCUUGCCAAGGUGAGGAGCGAUGGCAAUAUUGGUAUCGCUACCGCGACGUCGGGCGUCGCCGCUUCUAUCAUGCCUGGCGGCAGGACUGCCCACUCGAGGUUCAAGAUCCCAUUGAGUUGCGAUGAUGGAGCCUCGUGCAGCUUCACGAAGCAGAGUGGGACCGCCAAGCUGCUUAGGAUGGCCUCAUUGAUAAUAUGGGACGAGGCCAGCAUGAUGAAACGACAAGCGGUCGAGGCAUUGGACAAUAGCAUGCGCGACAUCAUGGGAAUACGCGACCGACCCUUUGGAGGAAAGACUGUUGUUUUUGGCGGGGACUUUAGGCAGGUGCUUCCGGUCGUCAGAAGGGGGUCGCGGGGCCAGAUAAUUGAUGCAACCCUACGAAGUUCUCAUCUAUGGAAGGGUAUGCGGCAGCUUCGGCUCAUCACCAACAUGAGGGCUCAUAAUGACACGUGGUUUGCAAAUUACUUGCUAAGGGUCGGCAAUGGCACUGAGGAAGUCGACGAUCAAGGCAACAUACUACUCCCUGAAGACAUUUGUCUGCCGUCUACAGGCGAGGUUGACGACCUGGAGAAGCUUAUUCAGCACGUGUUUCCGAGUCUAGAUGACAACAUGUCUGAUUCAAAUUACAUGACAUCUCGAGCAAUCCUUUCCACGACAAACGACAAUGUCGACAAGAUAAACAUCCGCAUGAUAGAGCGUUUUCAGGGAGAUGAAGUAAUAUACCAUAGCUUUGACAGUGCGGAGGACGACCCAUAUGGCUACUACGCUCAGGAGUUUCUGAAUGGAUUGACUCCUAACGGUCUUCCUCCACAUGCACUCAAGCUAAAGCUGAACUGCCCUGUCAUACAUCUAAGGAACAUUGAUCCAGCAAAUGGAUUGUGUAACGGCACUAGGCUUGUUGUUAGAGGUUUUGAGAGGAACACCAUUGAUGCAGAAAUCGUGAUUGGACAACACGCUGGCAGGAGGGUCUUCCUUCCUCAAAUACCUCUCUGCCCAUCUGAAAACGACAUGUUUCCGUUCAAGUUUAAGAGGAAGCAAUUUCCUAUAAGGCUUAGCUUUGCUAUGACCAUUAACAAGGCUCAAGGGCAGACAAUCCCGAUUGUUGGUGUCUACCUACCCAAUCCCGUGUUCUCUCAUGGUCAACUCUAUGUUGCUUUGUCUCGAGCCACCGCAAAGAGAAACAUAAAGAUACUCAUUCAGAAGGAGAAGCCGAAGGAGAAGUCCAACAAGCAAAAGGACAAUCCAAAGAAGCGAAAAAGACCGACCGUGUCAUUACUAACAUCGAUGAAGAACAUCGUCUACAAGGAUGUCCUUACAGGCUGA